AUGGCACAUGAUUCAUCCAAUGGCAACGACCUAAAUGUGAAUAACAUUCCAGGAUACCAACGUACAACUUCUUCGAUCUAUAAUUUGAUCCAUUCUUCCAACAACAAUAGUUUGCGAGCUAAAGAAGGAGGAGCCGGAGAAAAUGACACUAUAAAUGGUUCUUCAACGAAUAAAGACAAGAGUUUUAAUAUAAUACCACAGGGGCAGAAUUUCAAUUCAUUUUACACAGGUGACACAAAUAACAGGCCUAUGUUACCAAGCCUGCCAAAACCAAAUACAUCACCACCUCAAGGUAGAAGUAUAUCUCAACAAUCUAAUAUUUCCAUCCCAACAUUACCAUCUUACGACAGAAGUACGUCAAAUGAUAACACUUUUAGUAACGUUCUUUUGAAAGAAGGUCAUGACACUCCGUUCUACAAACAACUUAAUACUAUAAGUAGAGGCCCUUCAACGUUAUCGAAUUUUCAAUCGGCACCAUUUAUAGGUGACUCACCCCAAUCUUCAAGAAUAUUUCCUAUUCAAAAUGCAUUACAACAAGGUAGAAAUACUAAUCAAAAUUUCAUGAAAGCAGAUGAGAAGAAGAGUGAAUCCCAAGGACACAUCAGAAAUAUUCCAUUUACAACGGCUCAGCACCUAACCAAUGAAACCCCUCCAUAUACAUAUAAUGAAUCAACGAAUGUAACGAACACUACAUCUUCUCACGAAACAUCUAGAAAUAGCACCAAUACAUCAACAACAACCAGUGCUACCACGUCAACGACUUUUGCAUUCAAACCGACUACAAAGUCGAAAAUCAACAAUAAUUUGUUAGCAUCGAGAAGGAAUACACAAGAACUGGUGGCUAAAUCAAUUGCAGAAAAAUAUUUGGACAAACCUAUUGAAGAUUAUGCCUCUAUUGUGAAGGAAGCUGAGUUAGAUGUCCUACAUAUAAACCCAGCCAUACAGUCCAAAGCAUCAAUCCAAGUUUUAGAACAAAAGAAGGAGAGAGAAAGACAGGUAUAUGCAUUGCUAUGGUUAAUGAAAAACUGUGAAUCCCAUCAUGACAGUUAUGUGCCAAGGGGGAGAAUAUUUGCCCAAUAUGCAUCAUCAUGUGCUCAAUAUAACCUAAAACCAUUAUCUCAAGCGUCUCUUGGGAAACUAAUCCGAACUGUUUUCCCAGGAUUAACAACCAGACGAUUAGGUAUGAGAGGCCAGUCCAAAUACCAUUAUUGCGGCUUAAAACUGGUCAAUUCUGACGGAAAUGAGAAUUUCGAUGAUGAUGCAGAUAGCAGUAGUGCCAAUAUGAGUCCGUCUGUGAGUAAGCCAAGUUCACCAGAAGCUAUGGGUAUCAAAUUGGAAGUUCCUGAUCCUAACCUAUCAAGAAAAUCCAAUAACACAAAUAAUGUCAGCAUUAAGAAACGUAAAAGUGAUAAUUCUGAGGAUUCCAAGGUGUCUGUUUCAACAACGAAAAAAACCAAAACUAACUCGAAAAAGAUCAAUGAAAAUUCAGAACCUUCAAAAUCCUCUGAUAAUAUUUCUCUUUCAUUGCAUAACGUUUUACCGAAUAUCUUCCAAAACGAGGUUGUCCUAUCCAAGUUAUACAAACUUUCUUUACCGCCAAUUCCAAAGUCGUUAUUACCAAGUAGUAUUGAUCAAGAUAUGAUAUCUUCUUUAGAAUCACUGUACCACAUUUAUUGCAACAAGAUCUUUGACAAUAUAAAGUUCUUAAGGUUUGAUUCUCUUUCUACCAAUUUACUUUUUUUCCAUACUGGUUCUGUAUCUCCCCAGAUGUACAAUCUACUGAUAUCAGAAGAGUUAAAUAACUGGAUUGCUCAAUGUGAUAGAAUUACACAUAUAUCAUUAGCUAAAUAUCUUUCUAAUUUGGUUCUCGACAAAACGAAAUCUACCGAAACGCCAAAUGACACUGUCAAAUCUUUAGAGAGCUUUAUUGAGACUUAUCCAAAGCAAAUUUCAGACUUAACAAUGGAACUUCCUGCAACUUUACGAAACUCUAAAACAACUACCGCUAAAGAUUUUACGUCGCUCAUGAAAAAACUUUUAAAGUUAGACAAGUUCAUCCUCAAAUUUCUAAACAGUUUCCAAGCGUUUAAAGGUGAUAUGCAUCGUGAUUGGGAGGCCAUAAACUUAGAAGAUAUAUAUGAUAUGGUUAGCACAGAUAAACAUCAUGAAGUAUGCAAAGCUAUAAAGGACUUUUUGCAGGCUAACAUUGUAUUAUUAUUCAAGGAGGCUCCAUCUGGAAUUGAAUAUUCGUCAGAUGAAAAUCAUAUCAUGGAAGAUCCAUUCAAUACAUUACUUCUCAAGUUUUUAGAAUUUGUUUCAGAGUCCACAUGUUCGGCCAAUACAUUAAUCAAUAGCUAUAUCAGAUUUACGAACGCUUUAAUUGGUGACAUAUCUUUGAAAUCAUCAGAGAAUCUAUUAUUGUGGCUAUUUUUUAAUAAUGUGACUGUCCAACUAUUAAAUUAUUCAUUUGAAGCUACGAAAUUCGUGACUUUAUCUUAG